AUGUCUUCAGAACAAAGUCAGUCGCUAAGUAAAACGUCGUUUAAGUUCUUCGGACUUGGCGGAAGUAAUGAAGUCGGCAGAUCUUGCCAUAUUCUCCAAUAUAAGGGCAAGACGGUGAUGCUUGAUGCAGGAAUUCAUCCUGCUCACCAGGGCUUGGCAUCUUUACCCUAUUACGAUGAGUUUGAUCUUUCAACAGUUGACGUUCUACUUAUUUCGCACUUCCAUUUGGACCACGCGGCAUCCCUGCCAUACGUUAUGCAGCGGACAAAAUUUCGAGGACGAGUUUUCAUGACGCACCCUACCAAAGCCAUUUAUCGAUGGCUUUUAAGUGAUUUUGUGAAAGUUACCAGCAUUGGGUCUUCUAGAUCUCUAGAUAAAGACGAAAAUUUGUAUUCGGACGAAGACUUAGCAGAAUCUUUCGAUCGCAUAGAAACGAUAGACUUUCACUCCACUAUCGACGUCAACGGUAUCAAGUUCACUGCUUUCCAUGCUGGGCACGUUCUGGGCGCAGCGAUGUUUCAAGUCGAAAUUGCGGGCCUCAAGACACUGUUCACGGGUGACUAUUCUCGAGAAAUUGACCGUCAUUUAAAUUCAGCAGAAGUCCCACCUUCAUCUUCAGACAUUUUGAUUGUUGAAUCAACAUUCGGUACAGCAACUCAUGAACCUAGGGUCAGUAGAGAGAAAAAGCUGACGCAGCUAAUACAUUCAACGGUCUUACGUGGAGGAAGGGUCCUGUUACCUUUAUUUGCCUUGGGGAGGGCCCAGGAAAUCAUGCUGAUAUUGGACGAGUUUUGGUCUAAGCAUCCAGAGGAGUUGGGCAAUGGCCAAGUUCCAAUUUUUUAUGCCUCUAACCUCGCAAGAAAAUGUAUGAGUGUGUUCCAGACGUAUGUGAAUAUGAUGAAUGAUGAUAUCAGGAAAAAGUUUCGGGACUCGCAGUCCAAUCCCUUCAUUUUCAAGAACAUUUCAUAUCUCAAAAAUCUUGAAGAGUUUCAAGAUUUUGGACCCAGUGUUAUGCUGGCGUCUCCCGGUAUGCUACAGAAUGGUAUUUCCCGAGACCUCCUCGAGAAAUGGUGCCCUGACGACAAAAAUUUGGUUUUAAUCACAGGCUAUUCGGUAGAAGGGACAAUGGCAAAAUAUAUCAUGCUAGACCCUGACACUAUUCCUUCCAUCAACAAUCCAGAAGUCAAUAUACCCAGGCGAUGUCAGGUGGAGGAAAUUUCGUUUGCAGCUCAUGUUGAUUUCCGCGAGAAUCUAGAUUUCAUAGAGAAAAUUGGCGCGAAGAACGUUAUAUUGGUGCACGGAGAAUCUAAUCCCAUGGGACGUCUUAAAUCGGCCCUUUUGUCCAAUUUCUCGUCUUUAAAGGGCACAGAAGAUGAAGUUCAUGUUUUCAAUCCUCGUAAUUGUGUUGCCGUCGAGUUGGAGUUUUCGGGCAUAAAAGUGGCUAGAGCCAUAGGAAACAUUGUGGACGAGGUUUUUGGCACAUUGAACCAGGGUAAACUUGGUUCCAUCAAUACGUCGAGUGAUGACGCGAAGAGGGAGGAUCUACUGGACAUAAAGAAGGAGAAUGACGAGGGAACUAUAGUUUCAGGGAUUUUGGUUUCGGACGAAAAGAAUUUUGAUUUGAAUUUAGUAUCUUUAUCGGAUCUAAGGGACUACCACAUGGAUUUGUCGACCACUGUCUUGAGAGAGAGACAGACCAUUCAUAUUGGUUGCAAAAAAGAGCUAAUCUACUGGCAUUUGUGCCAAAUGUUCGGCGAUAUGGAGGUGAUUAUCGACGAUGAUGAAAUCACAGGCAAAAUACAGGAGUCGAAAGCUGCUCACAAAACAAGCACCAACGUUGGUGAACUUGAACUCAAAAUCAUGGGUGACGUGAAGCUCAAUAUAAUCAAAAAUGUCGCCACUUUGGAGUGGUCGCAAGGGAUAAUGAACGAUACCGUUGCCGACAGUGUCAUGGCCAUACUUCUGAGCGUGGAUUCCGCGCCUGUGAGCGUCAAAAUGAGUAGUAAAAGCUGCAAUCAUGACCAUCACACCAAUAGCGAAGAUGAUCAUGCAGAACACAUUCACGAGCCCAUUGGUGCCGACCACGAUGACAUAUGGAAGAUCAAGCAAGUCGCACGUCUGUGCACAGAGCAGUUUGGCGACUGUUUCAGUUACAAACUCGAUGAAAAGGACACAACAGCCGAUAUUAUCGGCAAUAUAACCAUAGGGAAAACAAAGGCUUCCAUAAACCUUUCACAGAUGAAGGUCGCGGAAUGUGAUUCGAACCCAUUGAGAGGAAGGAUAGAAAGUAUACUCACCAUCGCUAGCGAUCUGAUAGCACCAUUGUGUUGA